AUGGAUGUACCGCGUUUAAUUGACGAACUUCGAACCAGACCCGCACUAUGGGAUACAAGAAAUGUUACAAAUAAAUGGCGUUAUUCGAUACCGGAAUUAUGGAAGGAAGUAUCCAAUGUUGUUGGCAGCGAUGUCGAACAAUGCAAGCGUAAAUGGAAGAAUUUGCGCGAUGCUUAUCGUGCUGAAGUAAGACGCGCCGAACGUCGCGUUGAGAGAGACAAACUAAUGGGAGAGUAUGAUCCGAAUGCCAACUACAACAGUAAAUGGGUGUACUUUGAGCCGAUGAGUUUCAUUAACGAUUGUAAGCGUCCGCAUUAUUCAUCGGCCGUGGAACACGAAAACACAAGUUCCAAUGACGAAGAGACCCCUGGCGAUGGAAUACAUUUUCAAAAGGAUUCCACAACUCGAAUUCGGUUAAACGAAAAUGUUGAACAACGUGCUGAUGCUGAAUAUGACGAUAAUAAUACCAGGGGAGUUGGUGGCAAUGCGGAUGAUGAUGAUGACGAUGCCGUUAACGAUAUGCUAUUUGAAGAAUUUCAAAGUAUUGCCACACCUCAGGCUGCCAGACGCCUAUCAGUCACACUAUCACUCGCUAAUUCCCUGGAACAAAAUCUCUCGAAUAGUUCUCUAGACAAACCAACAAAUCUAUUAAAACACCAUCCAACAUCGGCCGGUGAAGGGGGACAAAAAGACUGCAAAUGUCCACCAAAAGGGCGUAGUGAGGAUCGUGUACAUUUCCUCGAAGAUCUCGAAAAAGAGGAACAAAAACUUAUUAAAUCGACCAAACGUGAUAUUAAUCGGGCUUUGAGUCACAUCGGCGAUUCGGAUUAUAAUUUCCUGGUUAGUUUUUUGCCACACAUGAAAAAAAUGACAGAUUUGCAAAAUUUACAAUUUCGUGGACGAAUGUGUGAUUUGGUACUGAGUACCCUGGCGCCAAGUAUGUCGCGACACAACUCUCCUGCCCCACCACCAUUAACCCCUGCCCCUAUUGUUAAAGUUGAGUGUGGCAACAGCAAUGCUACUGCCUUACAACCAGAAUCGACAACAAAUCAGGAGAAGAAUUCAAGUAUCGAACUUGAUAAUGACAUUGAAUUCUUUUCAGAUAACAUAUAA